AUGGACACGGGCAGCAGUUUGCUUUCGCUUUGUAAAUCCAUACUGAGCCUGGGCGUCUCACUGAUAAAACUAUCCCAACACGUCACGUUCGUGGACGGCAUUCUCGCCAAUCUAGCAGCAGACACGAAAGCGCUGGGUGAGACGUGCAACGGGCUCUGCAACAGGGUGUCCAGGCUAGCAGACGGCAACACAGCGAGAUGCGAACGGCGGGAGAUUGGGGGUCAGAUAUGGGAUUGGGACGAUUGUCUUGUGUCGCAGAUUGAGGUCUUGCGCGGUACGAUGCAGGAGUUGGAGCAUUUUGUGAAGAAUGAUGGGAUAGUGGAUGCGCAGUCUGCUCACCGACUCAGAGGACUGAAUUACCCUGGUCCACAGCGCGAUUUUGUAAUUCGCCUGCGAAGUAGGGUUUCGAGACAUGUGGGUGGGCUUGGGAUGACGCUUUUGCUGAUGAAUCACUUUUUCGGCAGCAGUGGAGAAGCACGGCAGACGGCAGAGGAUGUGGAGAGAAUGCGAGGUAUGAUUGCGAAGCUGGAACGUGCUCGGACGGGAAAGCCAACAGGCCGCAUGUCUCGCAUCGAGGCGAAGCUGGUGAAGUGUGCACGUGCUGCCAUUGUGGACGUGGACUGCAGUGCGGAAACAAGCAAAGAGAAAUGGGAUAAUUGCAUCGACUCGGCGCAAGCGUCGACUUGGCUUGGAGCACUGGAAGCCUUACGGCUCGAUGAACAGAAUUCAGUACAUCCUAGCACGGCUAUGUUGGCUCCGACUGCUGUCUCUGUGGUGGGAAAGCAUACCCUGAUGACCAGUCCGAGGGCUUCAACAACGGCCAAACCCAGUGUUGCUAUACCAGAGCACACCCACUGCGAAGACGACUUCGACUUGGACCUCGCCCGGGCCGCACUAGAAACGGGCACCUCAGCUUUCAGCACGCAAGCGUGGGAAGAAGCCACCUCACUUCUCCAAGAAGCUUUACGCGCACUCUUACAGCUCAGCCCUGAACAACGUGCGUUUGCUGACAUCUUCGCUUUACACUACAGACUCGCUGUCUGUGCCUAUUACACCCACGAACCAGCGGAUGCAGAACACGCGCUGUUGAGCCUUGACCAGCUGAUGCCGAGUACGGAUGAGCAGAGAAGCUGUGUAUACCACUCGAAGCAUCUACUAGCACAGUUGUAUAUUCGAACGCAGCAGAUCGAACUCGCUCAAGUGCAGUGCGAGAAAGCGCUACAAGGACGGCGACGUGUAUGCGGGAAGCUGAGCGUUGAAGCAUUGGAAUCGUUGGCGCUCAUGGCGCAUGUGUACGUUCUGCUUGGGAACCGGGCGCGUGCAAAAUCGUGUCUUGCCAUGAUGCCGGAAGCACAGAGGAAUGGGGUCCUUCAGAGUGUGGAAGCGGAACUGCAGGGAGUGGUGUCACAUUUGGAUUUUGCGUCCGUGUUGACGCAGGGAAUUGGGAAGGAUUCAAGCGAGGUUGUAGAGCGCGAAUGGGAGAGGGUUUCAUUGGGGUCCGAUGGGGACAGUGUGGCCUCGAGAGGUGGGAAUGGAAGAGGUCUGGCGUCGCCGCUUGGCGUGUAUAGACAGGGUCGUGUGCGUGAAGCGGCUGAUGGGACUGAGAAAUUGCCAUCUCGCAGUCAGAGUCCUUUCGAAACCGUGUCGAGUAGUCCCAAGACACCGCAGUCGAAUCUCGUGCAUCAAGCCGUCCUGGAGGACGACCCACCAUCCUGGAGCAUACCGACUCGGACAUCGAUUAGCAGCGAUCCACUGCACGCCACUACACCCAGCAUCAAACACUCUGACAACAUUUGUCCCGAGCCUCAAACACGUCUUCCGCGCACAGAAAUCCUCCGCAGAAUCGGCUGCCAACCCCGCGACAAACUCGAACAAGCAGUCUGCACCAGCGACCAUGCCCUACUCAACGUACACCUCCGCAAGCGCAAAAGUAUAUGGCGCGCCAGCCUCCGGCCCCGUGGUGCCCCAGAGCGCAUCACAGCGCUGCACUACGCCGCGCUCUUUGGCGAAGUGAACAUGGCACGGCGCCUCGUCGUCGAAGGCAACUUCAACGUUGAUGAGAUUCCGUUUGGCUACAGCACGCGCCUCACGCCGUUGCACUUUGCCAUGGGUGCGCGGCAAGUGGGCAUGGUGGAAAUGCUACUUGCGCAUGGCGCGAGGCCAGUUGAAGAUGAGUCUUGGACUAGCCUUGCGAAGAUGAUGCUGAGUCGGGCGUGGAUUGCUAAAACAAUGUCUGAGGCGGAGCGGGGUGAUGCACCGCAGUGUAUUGCCGCUAUCCUGGCGGUGCUGGUGCGGUUUGGAUGGGAUGUUGAUUUGCCAGAGGGGAAGGAUGGGGAGAGCAUGUUACAUGCGGCCGUGUCGUUUUAUUCUGGCGAUUACGAGUGGGAUGCGCGACUUAAAGUCGCGAUUUGUAAGGUUCUUUGCGUACAUGGUGCGGAUUCUCACGUGAGGAACAAGCACGGGAAGACAGCGUUUGACAUUGCUGCGGCUUCGGGGCAGAAGGAGCUUAUUGAGGUUUUGGUGAAGAAGUGA